AUGUCGUCAGCGGCCUCUGAUCGACCUGUACAGACACACAGAUCAAGUCUCACAGCCCUUGUUGAGCCAUUCUGGUUGGGCGACGUCCACGUCACAGCGGACGUAUUGCAGCGCAAUCCUUCAAACGGUUUGCCCGCUCUACACCGUUCCGUGGUUAUGCGACAGGAGGUUUGUAACCCCCUCUUCACUACUCAAAAAGCACUUACACGUGCAAGCAACGGCAUGCUGAUAAACUGGGUUAUAGCAGCCUCAGCAGCAGCUGGCGGCGCCUUCAAGAGAGCAGCAGGCAUGUUGGUUGCCGGCGUAGGUGCAAGCACGGCUGGGGGUGUCGGGACCUGGUAUACGAUGCACUCGAACGGCAUGGGUUUCCACUCCGACGAAGAGAGCCUGCGACGCUUCGUCGCUAACCACGAGGAAGCAAGAAUGGUGGAAGAGACCAUCAACAACCACCCUCUGAUCGCAGAGCUUCGCGCGAACCCCGAACUCACCGAAUCGCGACCACACAUGAAGAUGCCUGGAUCGUACCGAAGUCGGAGCUUGACUGGCGGAGCGCUCAUUGGCGAAGGAAAGAUGCCAGUGCCACCUUAUGCGUGGGUUGCGCCAGAGGGCAAGCAGCUCGUGUCGGUGGCAUAUGUAGGAGAGGAUCUGUGCGGCCAUCCUGGUAUCGUGCACGGCGGGUUCCUAGCGACGAUGCUGGAUGAAGGUCUCGGACGAUGCUCUUUUGGCGCCCUUCCUCAUAAUAUUGCCGUGACAGCAAACCUGAACGUCGACUACCGCAAGCCGACACCAGCGGGAAGCUUCUUGGUUCUGCGGGCAGAGACCUACAAGGUGGAAGGUCGCAAGGCCUGGGUUAGAGGACAUAUCGAAUUGCUGGCCAACCCCGGAGAGAAGCCAACAAUAUUGGCAGAGGCGCAAGCGCUCUUUAUCUCACCCAAAUAUGCUGCGGUGAUGCCCAAAAUUGGUUAA